AGAGCUUUCAUUGUCUACUUAUAUGCCCCCUUUAUUUAUCCUCCAGUUCUGACUUGGUGUACAGGGAGAAUACUAUCAGAAUGACCCAUGUUCUGAAUCCUGUCGCUGUAUAUUUCAAAAGUGCUAAACAAAUAGUUAUAUUGACUACAUCUGUCCUAGCUCGCUCAUUGAUGUCUUAAUGGAAAUUACGGAUUGCCUUUUAUCCGCUCGUCAUCCCCUAAUGCCAUAGUUUGUAUAUCUCAAAUGUCAGUAGAAACCACAUUUGUUUAAGCAAGUCAGCCACAUCAACUAUAUUUUCUAAAAAUGGAAAGAGCAUUGGCGACGGGGAGAGUUUGAGGCCAUGUGGCAGAAAGUGCUAAGUACAAUGGAGAUAGGGGUUGGAGCUAGUGGGUCUGGGCAAAUGUGAUGUUUGUAUAAUGUUAUCGUUUGUAUGUGUAUGUUUUGUAUUUUCUAUAAAAUAUCAAACACAAUCUUAUAAAAAAGAAGAGAGAAACCUCAGGCUGAAAACCUAGCGUGGGUGGAUUUCCAAGCGUUUCCUGUUCAGCAACUUGCAUCUGAAGAAACCACAGCCAUAAACUGCUAAAAAAAGAACCGCCUUUAUCUUUCAACAUCCAGCUCUGACAGCUGUAACUGUUCAGUGUCAGUUCAUGUUAGUCCUCCAGAGAUGACUAACACCACCUGCAACAUCACCCACUACAGGUACCCUCUCUUCACGGCCACCUACAGUGGCGUGCUGGCCCUGGGUCUUCCCCUCAACACCCUCUCUCUGUGGCUCCUGUUAUGCCGCUUGGGGGUCCGCUCGGUGCCCUUGAUCUACAUGGCGAACCUGGCCCUCUCAGACCUCCUCUUCACCCUCUCCAUGCCCCUCCGGAUCCUGUACUACGCCAGGGGCCACUGGCCCUAUGGGCACCUGGCCUGCAUGGUCUCUGGGACUCUGUUUAACGUCAACCUCUACUCCAGCUCCUUCUUCAUCAUGUUUAUUAGCGUGGACCGGUUCUUGGCUGUGGUCUAUCCUCUGCGCUCACGCCCGCUGAGGAGGAUCGGUGUGGCCUGGAAGGCAUGCGCGGCCGUAUGGGUGGUGAUUGGUGCCAUGGCGGUGCCAGUGGCGCUGAAUCACCGUGCCAAUCCGAACCAGAAGUGCGUAGGGUGGCAUUGCUUCGAGGGCUACGCUCAGGACCAGUUGCGCUUUGGGUUCAAUAUCAUCUGCGUGGCUGCUGUCGUGGGAAAUAUCAUUCCGUACUCUGUAAUCGUGGGCUGUACGGUGGUCGUGGUGCUUAUGCUGAGAGUGCAGAAGGCCUCCUCUUCCUCAUCCUCUUCCUCUGUGGAUAGGAGCCGGAUCGUUUGGCUGCUUGUGAUCAACCUUUUGAUCUACACAGUGUGUUUCAUCCCCUUUCAUGUUGCACUAGUCCUAUAUGGGCUCCACAAGCUACAAGUCCUGCAAUCCCAGUUCCCCUUCUUUGACUUCCAUAUUGGAACUAUCUGCUUGGCUAGUGCUAACAGCUUCCUGGAUCCUCUCAUCUACUACUUCGGCUCCACGAUUCUGAAGAUAGAGAGAGGGAAUACAGGAACUGGAGUUUAAUUCCAUGGUUCUACCUAGUUCUGCCUCGUAGUGGAGGACUGGCAUUAGUAGUGGUGAGAAUGCUAGAGAUGGUCUUGAACAAGUUAAUGGUGGACUUUGUUGUUCUUACACAUUCUAUACUGUAUUUAUGUAUGCCUGUGAUAAGUCAAAUGGCAAAUGGAAGGGAAUUACAUUGGUUAGGGUGUUGACUUAAGAAGCACCCUCAUUUGUCCUGUAUCGCUUAAAGUCUCUUUUUUUGUGAAAACUUCUUUCUUCUGUCUAUUAUGAGUGUGAUGGGGAAUGAAAUGUCAGUUGUGGUGUGUGCUUGUGUGUGUGUGUGUUCGUGUGGCAGGAGAGAGAGAUGUCACUAAUAGCCCUGAAGUAUCGUAGAUACAUAAUUAGUGUACCAAAUGUUGUAUAUGACAGUUAAAUUGUAGCUUGGUCCUAUAUUAUUAUAUAAAGCCGUUUUAUAAACCUGUUGAAUGUCUUCCGCUGAAGGGAGAUGUAGUUGAAAUGUAGCAAUGUUAUUUUCUCUGAUUAUUGGCCAUUGGUCUGACUUCUGUGCUUGGAUUUGCCGCAAUUGAAUGAUGUAUUGUGGAAAUGUUUCCAUUUUUAUAUAAGAAAUAUAUUAAACGUUCAUUUAGCCUU